AUGGGCAGGCAAGCACCUCUUGCUAGCGUUGAUCGUAUCGCUGGGCCAACUAUUGCCACUGUUCCUAUUCGGGUGAAGAUAGACUGGAACUCGUCGACACUGCAUAAGUUGCUGCAGGAUAUACAGUCAGAGGCAACCGACAUGAUUCCAUUUGAACAUUAUGGCAUCGGCCGGAUACAAAAAUUGGGUUCUAGUGCGCAGCAGGCUUGUCAGUUCCAGUCGUUGCUCGUUAUUCAACCCCCAGAAGACGCUGGCGUCGGUGAAAACACUAUUCUUCGACUGCAACUUGGAGAUGAUGACUUGAAGGGAGGGACAUACGCUCUCGUUCUUGAAUGUGUCCUGGAUGAAUCAUCGCCCUCUUUAGCGGGUGGUGUCUCAGUACACCUGAGCUUCGACGAAAAUGUCAUUGACUCCACUCAGGCAAAACGAUUGCUAGCUCAGCUGGAGCACGUUAUCCGGGAGAUAUGCAACCCUAAUGAAAACACGAGUGAAAGAUCCCUGUCGCGACUUGAUAUCAUGUCGCAGUCCGACAGACAGCAGGUAUCAUCAUGGAAUGCCACACUUCCGCCGAGUAUCGAUCGGCGACUGGAUCACUUGAUCGCAGAGCGGGUGGAAAUCCAGCCAGAUGCGCCAGCAAUCUGCUCCUGGGACGGAGAGCUGACGUACCGUCAAUUCUACGACAAAGCUCGCCUUUUGGCCUACUGGCUCGUUGUUGAACAAGGUAUCGGCCCUGAGGUGGCAGUCCCAAUUUGUUGCGAGAAAUCCGUUUGGACGCCUGUUGCAAUGCUAGCUGUUAUUAUUGCUGGAGGCGUGGUUGUUAUGAUGGAUCCGUUCCAGGCAGUAGACCGUCUACGCUCCAUCAACUCACAGCUCAGCCCGAGGUUGAUUCUAGCGUCAGCAACGACCAAAACUAUUCCGGAGCAGUUUUCUGGAGCUGCAGUACAUAUUGUCAAUGACCAGUUGUUACAAGGAAUCAUCGGUUCUGAUCUUGGCCAAACCGACUCUUGGAUUCCCAUUAUUUCGGCUGACAAUGCUUUAUACGUGACAUUUACGUCUGGCAGUACCGGAACACCUAAAGGAGCUGUCAUGACGCAUGCCAACGCGUGCAGCGCAAUGACUUAUGUCGACCCCUACAUUUCAUUUGAUGAGACAACCCGCGUGCUUGAUUUGUCCUCGUACAGUUUUGAUAUGGUGUGGUAUGAAUUUCUUCACACAUUUUAUGCGGGUGGGUGUCUUUGUGUUCCCUCCGAUGACCAGCGCCGCAACAAUAUCGUCGGUGCUAUUCACGACCUGCGCGUCAACUAUCUCAACAUCACACCUUCCCUGGCUCGGACUCUUGACCCGAAGACUCUCCCUAUGAUCAAAAAAAUUGCGCUCGGGGGAGAAGCCGUCCAAAUGGACGAUGUUAUUAGAUGGGGACCCAAUGUGGAGGUUCGCAACUUAUAUGGUCCUUCUGAGUGCACAGUGUCUAGUACCGUUGCCCGCUAUGGAAAGGAGUUCACGACAAAUGUCAACAUUGGUCCGCCAGUAGGAUUAAACGCUUGGGUGAUCAGCUGUCUUCAGCCGGGCAGGCUGGUGCCUAUUGGGGCAGUUGGCGAAUUAGUCCUCGAGGGGCCGCUGGUUGGACGGGGCUACAUCAAUAAUUCCGAUAAAACAGCUGCCGCAUUUAUCACUGAUCCAACGUGGCUUCAAAAUGAGAAAGAAGCUCUUGUCUCACGCACACAGGGUCGUUUCUAUCGGACGGGCGACUUGGUUAAGUCCGACAACGAAGGCAGAUUGACCUACGUGGGCCGCAUUGACACGCAAGUGAAACUUCGUGGACAACGUGUAGAGCUCGAAGAAGUCGAGUAUCAUGUCCGAAAAGCCCUGCCUGCCCUCUCAUACACAGUUGCCGCCGAAGUUGUUGAAGUGUUUAAUUUGCAAAGCUCGGCUCAAAAGUCCCAACGAUUGGUAGUGUUUCUCUCGCCCUGUGGUCCACACGACAGCCAUAAAGGCCCCUCUUUGGAGGAACCAGUACCCCUGUCUGCAGCUACAUCAAAUGAUUUGACCCGAAAGCUUACACAGAGCCUCCCUCUCUAUAUGAUACCAACCGCUUUCAUAAUGCUCUCGCAACUUCCUCUGUCACCUGCAGGCAAGAUCGACCGCAAGGGAUUGCGCCAAAUCGGGGCACGCACACACUUGAAUACCAUACAGCAGAGAGGUCCAGUAGAGGAGUCCAAAACAGAGCAUGAAGCGACCCUCAGUAAGCUGUGGUCAGGUGUGCUCGGAAUAUCGCCGGACAUAAUCAGCCGCCAGGAUAGCUUCCUUGAACUUGGUGGUGAUUCCAUCACUGCUAUCCGUCUUGUUGGGGCUGCUCGGGAGGGUGGUCUACCCCUUUCGGUUUCCAUCAUCUUUCAGCAUCCGGUUCUUGAGCAAAUGGCACACGAAGUUAGUGUUGCAGCUACGAACGGGACUUUAACCACCAAUGGUCAUGUUCCUACAGCUGAUCCGUUAAUCAUAUCGCUCCCAGAAGCUGCCAAAGUUGCAAAGGACAUGGGUAUUACGGAAAAUGCGAUUGCAGAUAUCCUUCCCGUGACAGAAUUCCAGCGCUAUGCCGUUCACUGCGCGUUCGAUAUACCUCGUACUGAGUGGAACUACUUUGCAAUGUCAUUCAAGGAUGCGUCUGUUUCCAGGUUGAGUGGUGUCUGCGAGAAGCUGGUCUCGUCACUGGAGAUUCUCCGGGCCGUUUUCCUGCCUCACGGCGAUGACGGGGAGUUUGUUCAGGUUAUCUUGCGCAGCCUACCACCCAAAAUCAACACCCAUUACGAUCGGGAAAAGUCUUUGGACCAGGCAUGUGGAGAGGUGUGCAUGGAUAACCUCAAGAAGGACAUUUCACCUGGCUCGCCCUUUGUGGAAUUCUUUAUUGUGCAGUCGGAGGAGAGUGAAGAGGCUCGCCUGUUGAUGGGAAUAUCCCACGCUCUCUACGAUGCAAUCAGUUUGCCUCGCAUGGUGGAAUGCAUUGACUUACUAUAUCAUGAUCACCCACUUCCUCCAAUUUGUGACUUUUCACCAUUUAUUCGCAUCCCAGCAUCUCCCUCUGCCUUCAAACACUGGAGUACACUGCUACAUGAUGCGCCAAUCCCCGUCUCAGUCAUUAGUGCCUAUGAGAAGGCUUUGAGACCAGGGAAGCGCACCGAACUGCGGAAACUUGUUCACUUUUCACAUACUUCGAAAGACUUGACACUCGCAACUAUCUUCACAGCCGCCUGGGGUAUUGCCCUAGCCCAAACAACGGACAAGUACGACAUUGUCUUUGGCCGUGGCGUGUCGGGACGCACACUGGCUUCAUCCGCUAUUGACAUCGAGAAUGUCAUCGGCCCCUGUCUGAACAUUUCUCCCGUGAGGAUAAGACUUUCAGAAGAACUGGGUGUGACGCAUACCGCUGCAGAUGCUUACAGUAUCCUCGAGUCACUUCAAUCUCAACUCAACGACUCGAUUGGCCACGAAACAGUCGGCCUGUCUGACAUUACAAAGCAUUGCACCGCUUGGCCAGCACACGUGAAGUCAUUUGGCUCAGUCAUCUACUUCCAAAAUGUCACGGAGCAGUUACACACAGCAAGCCACAAGAUUCCUCUAGUGCCUGUUCAGCUUGCUCGCCCAGAUCCUCCUGAGCCGGCCCGGCUGAAUGUGUUGCCUCUGGGGGGCGGACAGUAUACGUUGGAGCUGUUGGUGCAAGUGGCAGAUGCUACAGAAAGAGAGAUUUGGUCUAAGCUGCUAGAUCGAAUGGCGCAGUGGUUGGGGACAACUAUGGUGCUGUUAAAUAGAACAGAGUAA